AUGGCGAUUAGAAAAACAGUUGUUCAUUGUUUCAUUCUUUGGCAGCUGCCUCUCCUUCUGCUGUUAUCAUGUCUCCGGAACACGGCUUACGCCGCCGGUGGCACGUGGGACCUACUCAUGUCCAACAUCGGCAUUUCAGCCAUGCACAUGCAACUCCUCAACGAUGACAGAGUCGUCAUGUAUGAUCGUACUGACUUUGGUGCAUCCAACAUCUCCUUACCUAAUAAUGGCAAAUGUCGUAACAACAACAAUGACCUCGCCUUAAAAGUCGAUUGCACUGCCCACUCUGUUGAAUACGACGUGUCCACCAACUCUGUACGUCCCCUUAUGAUCCAAACCAACGUGUGGUGCUCCUCUGGCUCUGCCACGUCAGACGGUUCGUUGGUUCAGACUGGUGGAUUCAACGAUGGGAAACUUGUAAUAAGAGUUUUCAAGCCAUGCAUCAAUGGAAAAAGGAGCACUUGUGACUGGCAGGAAAUGGGAAAUGGCUUGAUUCAAAGUCGAUGGUAUGCCACUAAUCAUAUGUUGCCUGAUGGCAGGCAAAUUAUUAUUGGUGGUCGUGAUGCUUUUAACUACGAGUUUCAUCCCAAGUCUGCUUCGACUAAUAAUGUAUUUAGUCUGCCAUUUCUUCAACAGACUAAUGUUCCUAGAGAGGAAAACAAUCUAUACCCAUUUGUUUUUCUUAAUGUGGAUGGAAAUCUAUUCAUUUUCGCCAAUGAUCGAGCUGUAUUGCUCGAUUACACGAAGAAUACAGUGGUGAAAACGUACCCAGAAAUACCUGGUGGCGACCCGAGAAAUUAUCCAAGUACAGGUUCAGCAGUUCUUCUUCCUUUAAAUAACUUGGAGGCACAAACGAUUCAAGCUGAGGUUUUGGUGUGUGGUGGAGCACCAAAAGGCUCAUACCUCAAAGCAACAGGAGGUGACUUUGUGGAUGCAUUGAACACGUGUGGGCGGAUUUCAAUUACUGACCCGAAUCCACAAUGGACCAUGGAGACCAUGCCACUGGCUCGAACAAUGGGUGAUAUGGUAAUUCUACCAAAUGGUAACGUUUUGAUCAUCAAUGGUGCGACAUCAGGCGCCGCUGGAUGGGGAAUUGCUAGGAAUCCAGUUCUGAGUCCAGUGAUUUAUCGACCUGAUAAUUUACCUGAAUCUAGAUUUGAGGUACAAAACCCUAGUGCCAUACCCAGAAUGUACCACUCAACAGCGGUUUUACUUCGAGAUGGUCGUGUUCUUGUUGGUGGUAGUAAUCCAAAUGAGCUUUACAACUUCACCGGAGUCCUUUUCCCUACAGAAUUAAGCCUGGAGGCAUUCUCACCAUCCUACUUGGACUCAGAAUCUGCUAAUUUGCGACCGCAAAUCAUUUCUCCUGUUUCCCGUCAUAAAUUCAAGUACGGGCAACGAGUUAACAUUCGAUUUUCUAUUUCCAGGUUACUAAACAAAAAUUCGAUCAAAGUGACUAUGGUUGCCCCUGGUUUUAACACACAUUCAAAUACUAUGAAUCAAAGGUUGCUAGUACUUUCAAAUGGAGUUGUAAAACAGGUUGGUAAAUCUGUGUACCAAGUGAGUUGUUUAUUUCCAAAAUCAGGUAAGUUGGCACCACCUGGUUACUAUCUUCUAUUUGUGGUUCAUCAGGACAUACCAAGUGAGGGAAUUUGGGUGAGGAUCUUUUAG